AUGGAUGAUGUUAUUAUAAACAAAACAGACAUUUUUAUAGUAAUAGGCAUAGCAGUCGCAUGUGGCAUUUUUUCCGAAUUUUUAAGCUGGAUAUUUGUAUACAGAAACGAGAAGUUUAUAGCUUUAAACGAAGAAUUAAAAUCAUUGUAUGAGCAAGUUCAAAAAGAGAAAGAAGAUGGAUUACUAAGUAAAAUAUCUGUAAAUAACAAUAAAAAGAAAAUAAAAAAAAAGGCGUCAGCCGAAGACAUAUACGCGGAAAAAACAAAAGAAAUGGCAGCCUUAAAGACAAAAUCAAAUCUAAUAACAGGUUUAAUUUUUUUAUCUAUAAUGCCUUUAUUAUUUAGUUUAUUUGAAGGAUUAACUAUAGCAAUUUUGCCAUUUAGACCAAUUUUCCCUUUCACUUUAAUAACACAAACCGGGUUGCAAGGAAAAAAUGUAUACCAUUGUUCAUCAACAUUUAUUUAUACCCUAAUACUUAUGCUAACUAGACAAAAUAUUCAAAAAUUUUUUGGCUAUGCACCACCAGGUGGAAUGCUUGGUGACAUUAAAAUGCCAGAAGAAGAUGAUGAUGUAUGGAAAUAA